UAAUUUAGGCGUGUAUUCCUGCACAGUUUCUCACCAUCUAGCUCGAUAAAUAGCGAUUCAUCAACAAAUUCAAUUUCACCAAGUCUCCUCAAAAACAAUUAACUGCACAUCAACUAAAAUGGAUGAUCUGUACAACUUUGAGUCGCCAUCCAUGGUGGCUAGCUCCCCUAUGAUCAAUUACAGGAAAGAUGCCCGAAAGGGAGUCAAAUUCUCCUUUAUGGUAGUGGGAGAACUGGGCACUGGAAAGACCACCUUUGUCAACAGUUUAUUGAGCCAAAAGGUUUUGGCCCACCGGUUUGAAGGCGAUCACGCCAGUGUCGUCGACUCCAAAACCAUUUCGUUCACGUCGGCCAAAAAUGUCGCUUUGCCCAACACGUCUAUCUUGCAAAGAAAUGAUUUCAACCCUUCAACUGCCAACGAAGAGCCAGGUAUCGCGUUGACCGAAACCAAGGUGGAAAUUGUGGAUGAGGCAAACACCAAAUUACAAUUGACGAUAGUUGACACUCCUGGAUACGGUGAUAACUUUAACAAUGAAGUGUGCUUUGCCGAAAUUGAAAAUUACUUGAAGCAACAGUUUGACUUGAUGUUGGCGGAGGAAACCAAAAUUAGAAGAAACCCCCGGUUUGUGGACACUCGUAUCCAUGUGAUGUUGUACUUCAUCACGCCCAACGGCCAUGGCUUGAAAGAGUUGGACAUAAGUUGUAUGAAGCGGUUGUCAAAGUAUGUCAACAUUAUUCCUGUUAUUUCCAAGGCUGAUUCGUUUACUGAAGACGAGUUGAAAUUUUUCAAAAAACAAGUAAAAGUCGAUAUCGAGCGAUUCAACGUACCAAUCUUCCAAUUCGAUAAUCUCAUAGACGAAUAUGAUGAGGAAGAAGAUUAUGAAUUGAUUCAGGAGUGUAAGUAUUUGGCCAAGAUCCAACCAUUUGCUAUAAUAGGAUCCGAAGACGAAUUUGAGGUCAAAGAUACCAAGACGGGGCAAACUCAGACUAUCAAGGCUAGGCAAUACCCCUGGGGGCUUGUCGAUAUAAGCAAUCCCAAGUACAGUGACUUUUCGAUUUUAAAGUCAGUGUUGUUGGGAUCCCACUUACAAGACUUGAAAGACUUGACUCACGACUUUUUGUACGAAAGUUACAGAACUGAACGGUUGACAAGGGUCACGGGUAGGGGAGGACAAGAUGUUGAUUAUGAUGAUACUGAGUUCCAUGACAGCACUGAUCACCAGGUGAACUUGAAUACCACAAUUCCUUCUAUGUCAAAUUUGGCACAAUUAUCGUCUGCUGGUGCUUCCAACGGUCAUAUUCUUGACCUCCAUAGUACCACUGGUUCUACUAUCAAUGAUGAUUCAAGCUCGAUAACGUCGUCGUCGUCUAAAAAACCCAAGUCAAUGCUUCUUGACGAUGCGGAUCCAUCCGUGAAGAGUAAAGAUAAUGCCUCCUUCACAUCGUCAGCUUCUACUAUUUCCUUGGACCAAUCCAGAAACAACUUGAAUACAACCAAUCCUGCGUUCAAGAGAUUAUCCAUUGCUCCUCAACGUAAUCAAUUGAGACAAAUAAGUGAAACUGUACCUUAUGUGAUCAGACACGAGAGAAUCUUGGAAAGACAACAAAAGUUAGAAGAGAUGGAGAUGGCCAGUGCCAAAGAAUUAGCCAGCAGAGCGGCAUUAUUGGAGAAGAAGGCGGCUGAGUUGAAAGCCAGAGAAAGAGCCAUGAAGAAAAUAGCUUUGGAAAGAGAACAAGCUCAUGAAGCGUCGGUGGUGGCUCAAAGUACUACCAACGGAGUCGCAGACGAGACUGUCGAAGGAGAUGAGACAAUUACCCAGAACGGACAGAAUGGAAAUAUAAGUCACUCGAGUAUCAGAAAGGAAGAAACCCUUACUGACUUACACUCUAUGGUGUCUAAACCAUAGAAUCUUUGUUAGCUCUAUUUAGGAAUUAUACGUUUGUACCACUCUAA